AUGGAUGAUGAAGACGGGCGGUGCCUCCUCGAUGUCAUCUGCGAUCCUCAGGCCCUGAACGAUUUUUUACAUGGAUCCGAGAAGAUUGACAGUGAUGAUCUCCUGGACAACUCAGGAGAUGCUGCCAGUGCCUUUUUUGAAGGUGCUGGGCUCCACGGGCAGGAGCCCUCGGGGAACCCGCUGAGCGCGGAGCCGAGCCAACCGCCGGCCAGCGUGGACCUGGACUUCCUGGAGGAUGACAUCCUGGGCUCCCCCUCGGGCGCCGGCGCCGGCGCCGAGCAGCCGUGCGACAUCCUCCAGCAGAGCCUGCAGGAGGCCAACAUCACCGAGCAGACCCUGGAGGCCGAGGCCGAGCUGGACCUGGGCUCCUUCCAGCUGCCGGCACUGCAGCCCGUGGUGCAGGCGCCCGACGGGACCCCCCAGAUCUUCUCCGGCGCCGCCGGCGCCGCCGACCUGCUGGGCCUCCAACCGCCCGCCGUGCUGGCCCACCAGGCCCUGGUGCAGCAGCCGGUGGGCGCCGACGUGGUCAACAAGGCCAUCAGCGUCCAGCCCUUCCUGCAGCAGGUGGGGCUGGGCAACGUCACCAUCCAACCCCUGCCCAACCUGCCCGGGCUGCCCAACGGGAGCCCCGGCGGCGCUCUGGGCAUCGGGCCCAUCCAGGUGGUGGGCCAGCAGGUGAUGGCCAUCAACCAGCCGGCGGCGCCGCAGCUGUUGGCCAAACCGGCGCCGGUGGCGGCCGUGGGCGGUUACAUCGCUCAGCCCGAGGCGGCGGCGGCGGCGUCGCAGGCCGGGGCCGGCCUGGUCAUCCAGAAGAGCCUCCCGGCCGUGGCCACCACCGCCCUCAACGGCAACUCGGUGUUCGGCGGCGUGGCCUCGCCGGCGGCGCCGCCGCAGCCCCUGGCCGUCACCUCGGGCCUGGGCGGCUCCCUGGUGCCGGCGCCCAACGUCAUCAUCCACCGCACGCCCACGCCCAUCCAGCCCAAACCCGCCGGCGUCCUCCAGCAGAAGCUCUACCAGAUCACGCCCAAGCCCUUCGCCCCCAACAACGCGCUGGCGCUGCCCGGCGAGGCCCAGGCCAAGCCCCAGCAGAACCUGACCUUCAUGGCCGGCAAGGCCGCGCCCAACGUGGUGCUCUCGGGCUUCCCCCCCAACGUCUUCAAGCCGCCGCCGCCCCAACCGGCGCCGGCCGCGGCGACGGCGGCGGCGCUGGGCAAGUCCAUGAGCGUCCACGUGCUCAACCAGGGCGGCAGCAUCGUCAUCCCGGCGCAGCACUUCCAGGGCCAGAACCAGUUCCUGCUGCCGGGGCAGUUGGCCGGAGCCUCGGCCGUGCAGCUGCCGCAGCCGCUCUCGGCGCUGCCGGCCAACGUGGGCGGCCAGAUCCUGGCGGCCUCGCACGGCGCCGGCAUCAUCGCCGGCCAGGGCGCCGCCGGCGCCGCCGCCGCCGCGCAGCUCAUCGCCAACCAGGCGCUGCCGGCGCAGAUCCUCACCAACCAGAACCUGGCCGGGCAGCUCAACCUCGGGCAAGUGCUGACGUCGCCCAACGCCCACGGCACCGCCCACAUCCUGUCGGCGCCCAUCCAGCUCCAACCGGGCCAGGUGGGGCAGCCGGCGCUCUUCCAGAUGCCGGUGUCGCUGGCGGGGACGUUGCCCAGCCAGAGCCAGGCGGCGGCGGCGGCAGCGCCCACGGUGAUCCAAGGGGUGACGUUGGCCAACCAGGUGAUGCUCAACGCCGGCGACGGGUUGGGAGCCGCCGUCAGCAUCCAGGCGGCCCCCGGCGCCGCCCCCGGCGCCAGCCCCAGCCCCGGCGCCGACCCGGCCUCCGUCCUCACCGUCCAGCCCGCCGCGCCCGCCACCGCGGCGCCGCUGCAGCUCAACGUGCCGGCGGCGGCCGGGGGGAACUCCCAGCCCAGCCCGGGGCUCGCCGGAAGCCCCGAGAAGAUCCUGUUGGGCCCCGCGGCCGCGCCCGGCGCCGUCCUGGGCCAGGAGUCCAUGCAGAUGUUCCUGCAGCAGCUCCCGCCCCGCCCCCCUUCCCAACCCCAACCCCUUUCCCGCCCCCCUUCCCGACCCCAUUCCCGACCCCCUUCCCAACCCCGGCCGCCCUCGGAGCCGCCCCCCCCGCGCUCCUGCACCCCCCAGAAUUCCCAAAAUCCCCAGGUCCCUCAGGGGUUGAUCCUGCAGCCGAAGCCGCCCCCGUCCAGCCCCGGAACGUUCCCGGCUCCGGGCGGAGCCUCCGUCCUGGUCACGGCCACGCCCACGGCCACGCCCGGCCCCGCCCACGGACCCGCCCCCGCCACGCCCAGUAACGCAGGAGCCCCCUCGGAGAGCAAACCCUUCUCCAGCAUUCCCGGCAUUUCCAGCGCCAUUCCCGCCGGGAAAGGGGCCCCGGCUCCGGGCAAGGCCCCGCCUCAGCAACCCAACCAGGCGAAGCCGGGUGGGAUCAAAGGCCCCCCCCAGACCCCGGGGGGGGGAAAGGGCCCCCAGACGAUGUUGGAGGGGCUGAAGAAGGCGCCGGCGCUGCAGCCCAGUAAGGAGGCCUGCCUCCUGGAGCAGCUGCACAAGCACCAGGGCUCGGUGCUGCACCCGGAAUUCCGGACCCGCUUCCGCUCCGUGGGCGACGCCCUGAGGAGGCUCCUCCCCUAUCACGUCUACCAGGGGAUGCUCCCGGCGGAAUCCGAGUGCCAGAGGGUGGACGAGGAGUUCACUCUG